UUGACAAAUUGAAGUAACUAAAAAGAGGAGAAAAAAAAAGAGAGAGAAAAUGGAUGAGGAGAGAAUUCUAGAGAGAGAAAGGUACCAAAUCGAACAAAUACGACAGCUCGAAUUGGAGGAAUUGCAGGUGGAAGAAGUCGACUCCGAUGACUCCGACGACGACAGCUCAUCGGAGAACAAUUAUCGUACUUCUGGAGGAGCUUCAGCCUCUGGUGAAUUUACUUAUGACACCUCUUUGGUGGCUUUGCACUCCUACCUUGGUGAUGUUGAGGACACCCACAACAGGCUUGCUUUUUUGGAUGGUGGUGCUGUAUUGAAACUUCCCAUGUUCUAUCUUGAAGGGGUGGUUCUAUUUCCGGAGGCCACACUUCCUCUUAGAGUUGUUCAGCCUCAUUUUAUUGCUGCUGUUGAACAAGCGAUGACUCAAGUUGAAGCCCCUUAUACCAUAGGUGUGGUUCGUCUUUACAGGGAUUCUCCUGAUUACCAGAGACCGAGAUUUGCAAUUAUUGGGACCACAGCUGAGAUUCGGCAAUAUCGCAGGCUGGAAGAUGGCUCAGUGAAUGUUCUUACACGUGGCCAACAGCGUUUUCGCCUGAGACGCUGCUGGAUUGAUGUGGAGGGUGCAACAUAUGGGGAGGUUCAAAUAAUCCAAGAAGAUUCACCAUUGAGGACUCCACGUGAGGCUGUUGGACGGCUGGCACCGCUUAUGAACUUGCGAAGUAAUAUCCUUCAAAAACAACCUUUAUACAGUCCUAGAGCUUGUCGGUUAGGAGAUUGGGAUGGAAAUGAUUCAGAUGCAAUGUCUGAAGAGUCUUUUGAGAGUGAACUUUCUUUGCAUGAGAGGGGAUUGCAUCAGUCUGCACUAUUUUCGUCUUACCAUACAAUUCAUGAGCCCACAAGUAGUGAGGAUGAGAAACUUGAUCCAGAUGGAGAAGUGCAUCAAGGGAGCUCUCGUUUGGACAACCUUCUGGGACCAUUGAGAGAAUAUAAUAGUGGGAGAGAUAGUACUAAAAGUGCUAUUUCUGGUAAUUCUGGUAAUCUUUCAUUUAAACGGAUGAAAGCUGACAAGUGUGCCUUAGACCGGCUACGUGAAGUUCCAAGAGCCUUCUGGCCCAAUUGGGUUUAUCAUAUGCAUGAUUCAUAUACCCUCGCCCAAAAGGCAGCAGACAGGUGGAAACAUAUAGUUAAGGCACCAAGCAUGGACGGGUUUGUGAUGAAACCAGAUCUUCUUUCCUUCCAUAUUGCCAGUAAGAUUCCUGUGUCAGAAUCACUGAGGCAGGAGCUUCUUGAGAUUGAUGGGAUUUCAUAUAGACUGCGGCGGGAAAUUGAGUUACUUGAGAGUUUUGAUCGUGUUCGAUGUAAAACUUGUGAGAACCUCAUUGCCAGGCGAAGUGACAUGCUGGUUAUGUCCAGUGAUGGUCCUCUUGGUGCUUAUGUAAAUGCACAUGGUUAUGUGCAUGAAGUUAUGACCCUUCAUAAAGCUAAUGGAUUAGCAGUCAUCGGAGAUCCAGUCAAAGAGCAUAGCUGGUUUCCUGGGUAUGCAUGGUCUAUUGCCGAAUGUGCAACUUGUGAAUCCCAAAUGGGUUGGCUUUUUACAGCCACAAAGAAGAAGUUGAAGCCUAGGUCGUUUUGGGGCAUUAGGAGCUCCCAAGUUGCUGAUGACACGCGAUGAGAGUUACAUGAUUAAUGUGCCUUAUAUAAUAUAAGUCAAUCUGUAUAUAAAAGUAUUCUGCUAUAUGUUCUUGGUAUAGAGCAGUUAUUGUUCCAUAUUAAGUGUUUUAGAUGGAAACGAUGCUGUCGGUUGUAAUAUGAGUUUAAGAUUGUGGAUCCCAAAUUCCUGCUCGAGUUGCUACGUACCACACUUCUGCGUGCCUUUUA